CAACCAUUUAAGUUUUCAAAGCAUUGGUCCAAUAAAGAAUGGAAUUAGCUCUAAAAAUGGCAAAGGAAGGUGUGGCAUUGUAUACCGACUCUUUUGCUUCCGGUUCCAAAAUUCCAACGAGGUGCGGCAGUGGGAGACGGGAAAAACUUCCGAUAUCAAUAGCAUCUUACUGUUGGGACGGAGUGUGCCCUCCCCCAACCCCGCAUUAUGUGGGACUUACAGCACUCCUUCACUGCCCACAGCUCCGGUCGUAUUUUGAAGAAAGAAAAAAAAGCAUCGCAAAAGAGAAAAUUAAUGCAUAAAACAGCACAGGCUUGGUUUACGGGAGGCCCGAGCAACGAUCUGGAGAAAAAGCCGCCGUCCCUACUAGCGGACUGGAACGCGUACGCCGCCGCGAAGGACGAUGAAGCGUCCUCCAGCAUCGGCUUUGAUCUCGAAUCCGCCGUCCGCUCAGCCAACGACAAGGUCACCGGGACUUUUAGCGUGGUCUCUAAAGGAGUAAGAGAUUUACCAGGGAACUUUCCGUCUGCCACAAGUAAUGUUCCUUCUGGAAAGGCUUUGAUGUACUUUGGGCUAUUCCUUGGUGCUGGAGUAUUUUUCAUCUUUUUGGCAUUCACCAUGUUCCUUCCUGUCAUGGUCAUAAUGCCUCAAAAGUUUGCUAUUUGCUUUACUAUUGGAUGCUCUUUUAUUAUUGGCUCAUUCUUUGCCCUCAAAGGUCCUAAAAAUCAACUUUCACAUAUGAUAUCAAAAGAGAGGCUUCCAUUUACAGCGGGGUUCGUUAGCAGCAUGGUGGGGACAAUUUAUUUUUCAAUGGUGAUGCAGAGUUAUGUUCUUUGUGUGCUCUUCUCAGUAAUGCAGGUUCUUGCUCUGUCAUAUUAUGCCAUCUCCUACUUCCCUGGAGGAUCAGCCGGAUUGAAAUUCCUUUCUUCAACGCUUACAUCUUCCGUACUAAGAUGUUUCGGAAGGUGAGAAAAAUAUGUGCAUUGCAUUUGCUAUAUAUAGUCAACUAACUCGACACUUCCAUGACCGAAAGCAUUCCGGCCUCAAUUAAUAUGUUUUGGCCACUUCUGGCUUCUCUUGUUUCAUGAAAGUUAAUAUAUGAGUAGUAUGCGUUUUCAUCACUUGUCAAGCUCUUUUAUAAACUUUGUUUGUUGUGAGUUGAUUCUAGUAUUCCCUCUGUUUCAGAGUAUUUUUUCAAUUUUGACUUACCUUUAACCAAAAACUGCCGUAGGCCUAAAAGUACUUAUA